UAGAAAGGUGCGUAUCGCGGUUUGCUGUAAAAAUAUGUCAGAAUUGGUGUUACUGAUGCGAAAUACUUGAUGCGAAAAGUGCAUAUAAAUUUUUUUUUGUGGCUAAGGUGUGGAAAUUGGUAAUUUUUGAUUCGGGACGUUCGCUAAUGACCCGUGGCAUAUAUUUCCAAUAGUUAUUUUAGAUUGAAGUAAAGCGAAAUACAGUUCCUGCUGCAUCUCGAUUUGCUUACAUACGAAUACGCUUUAUAUGCGCAAGUGUGUUAUCAAACGGAGUUGCAACGCUUAAAAAGAAAAAUUUAAAAAACAAAAAAAAAAAAAAACAAGUAGCUGCUUUGCUCCAAUUGUUGAGUAUUUGGCCAUGAGAGAAAUGGAGACUCCCGAUUUGAAUCGCGCUGAUAGUACGCGAAAAAGCUUCCGCCUACCGACGCAUCGUAAAGGCAUGGCACCAGCACCGCCGACCAUUACUAAAGUCGAUUUAGAUAUCGAUGACAAAAGUGAUGACAUGGCAUCUGCCGUUGGCGAAUUUGAUGGAGAGCAGCAGUCAGCAGUAAUCAACGCUGAUGCUGUGGACGAAGUUUAUUCAGCACAAGGCAUGAGCGGUAAUAAUACUAAAAAUAAUAUGGAAAUUAUUCCGCGAUCCAAUCGGAUGACUUUGCCAAGGGAUAACGAUAUUAUUAUAGAUGAAGAUGUGGUGAGGUUGCGCAAUAAGAUAUCAAUUACUCGAAAUGCAGCUUCAUCUAUAACACCGUCGUACACAAUAGCAGCAAUGCCAACAACAACAAAAUUGACCAAGGAACCCACUUUAGUGCUCACUGCCGAAGAUGAUGUGAAUGUAUCCUUUGCACUCGGCUCGAUUGAGAAGCAUAUUUUCGAAAUGGAAGAAAGUUUUAAGAAAAUGGAACAUGUACGCCAGCCAAGUAUCGAAGAAUUAAGGUUGGACCGGAAGAAGCAAAGUAAACGUUAUGGUGAAACAGAGAAUUUACUACAACCUGGCAAUAGUGAAAUGGCCUCCGGCACCGGUUUCAGCUACCUGCCUCCGCCCUCUGAUAUGGAAAAUUCAAGUGACUCCAUUACUGAUUUCCAACGUGGCACCGGCGCACGCAGCUCUGUCGGUGCUUACUCCAAAGGUGUUACAGCGCCAUAUAAAACGAAAAUUACACGCACAUCUUCCGACACUAAAAAUAGCGAAACAAUGGCAAUGCGUGAUAUCAUAAAGCAAAAGAAGACUGUGGCAGCUCCGCCACAGCCAAGCAUUAGAGAGACUUUGCGUUAUGGCAACGAAUCGAAACGGAUUAUUACUUCAACGAACACUCCGCACACCUCGCACACCACAAACAACAUCACUUCUCCCAAUACUGGCAAAACGAUCUCGCAUGCAGAUGCAGCUUUAAUUGAUAAACAUCGCGAAGAAAAUUUGAAAAAAUUUGAAUCGAUGAUUAGUCAGAGGGCGGCAGCUAAUAAAAGUGGAAUUGCCAAACAUGUGCCGUCGACGCGUGUCACGACGGCCGCCGUGCCAACCGAGCGUGAGAAAGUGCUGGCAAGACCAAAUCAUAUUAUAACUACGCCAAAGGUAGCAGCAGCACAUAUGGCACCAGCGGAAAGGACGACUGGAUCGAAUGCCGUGCACACUGUUUACAAUAAUCGACACAUUGGCAAUGUUGUACAUAAUAACCAGGGCUCUCCUAAUAUGCAACUGCGUAGCAGUGCUCCAAUGCGUUGGCGUGCCACAGAGGAACAUAUUGGAAAAUAUAAGCUUAUAAAAACAAUCGGAAAGGGCAAUUUCGCUAAAGUAAAAUUAGCAAAGCAUUUGCCUACUGGUAAAGAAGUGGCUAUUAAGAUCAUUGAUAAAACCCAAUUAAAUCCGGGGUCCCUGCAGAAGCUCUUUAGAGAAGUUAGAAUUAUGAAGAUGCUUGAUCAUCCAAAUAUUGUGAAACUUUUUCAAGUUAUCGAGACCGAAAAGACAUUAUAUCUGGUUAUGGAGUAUGCGUCCGGUGGGGAGGUAUUUGAUUAUCUUGUUUUGCAUGGCCGAAUGAAGGAGAAGGAAGCACGUGUUAAAUUCCGACAAAUCGUAUCAGCUGUGCAGUAUUGCCAUCAAAAGAGAAUUAUACACAGGGAUUUAAAAGCUGAAAAUCUGUUGCUGGACAGUGAAUUAAAUAUAAAAAUAGCCGAUUUCGGAUUUUCAAACGAGUUCACGCCCGGUUCUAAACUGGAUACAUUUUGUGGCAGCCCACCAUAUGCUGCACCUGAAUUAUUCCAGGGAAAGAAAUAUGAUGGACCUGAGGUGGACGUUUGGUCUUUGGGCGUGAUUUUGUACACACUAGUAAGUGGUUCAUUGCCAUUUGAUGGUUCCACAUUAAGAGAGCUUCGAGAACGUGUGCUCAGAGGCAAAUAUAGGAUUCCCUUCUAUAUGUCAACUGACUGUGAAAAUUUACUUCGUAAAUUCCUUGUAUUGAAUCCAGCCAAACGCGCCAGUCUGGAAACUAUUAUGAGUGAUAAGUGGAUGAAUAUGGGGUUUGAAGAUGACGAAUUAAAACCCUAUAUAGAACCAAAACAAGAUCUAGCUGACCCCAAACGGAUAGGUAAGACGGAGGCUCUAGUGGCAAUGGGUUACAACAGGCAAGAGAUUGAAGUUUCACUAUCCCAGGUACGAUACGAUGAUGUCUUCGCAACUUAUCUGUUACUGGGCAGAAAAAGCACAGAUCCUGAAAGUGAUGGUUCACGUUCUGGUUCGUCACUAUCGUUACGCAAUAUGGGUGGAAAUGAUGCGGGCGCCACCACGAACGCGUCCGCACAAAGCCCCACACAUCGUGGCGUGCACCGAAGUAUCUCCGCUUCAAAUACGAAACCAAGUCGACGUGCUUCAUCUGGCGCUGAAACAUUACAAAUCUUUCAACGUUUUAUCGCAGGUGUUGGCCCAACAAAUGCGGCAGCAGUUGCAGCCACAGCCGCUCCUGGUGCUAUAAAUGCAGCGCCGUCCAACAACAAUUACGGUGGCACUGGCUCGGGCUCAUCCGCUGAGCGUUCUUCAAUUAGCAGCAACUUUAAACGUCAGAACACAAUUGAUUCGGCUACAAUAAAGGAAAAUACUGCGAGGUUGGCAGUACAAAAUCACAGACCCUCAUCAGCUACUCAAAAGCUUUUAACAACUGCAGAUACAACGCUUAACAGUCCUGCGAAGCCGCGAACUUCAACAAAAUACGACACAUCAAAUACUAAUCGCACUACUGUUGGCACAACCGGCAUGAUACCACGUCGUUCAACUACAUUAUAUGAAAAGACUUCAUCAACUGAAAAAACGAAUGCAUUGCCAGCGGAAACAAAUGGAUCUGCCAACUCUACAGGAAAAGGCCAUGUUAAAAGCGCCUCUGUCUCCAGCCCUGGCUCGACCGCUGAGGGAGGAGUCGCUGUUUCCAAUGAAACACUCGGAACGAGAAUGACGUCGGCUGUUAAGUCUAGCAGGCAUUUCCCCAGGAAUGUGCCAUUACGAUCAACCUUUCAUUCUGGUCAAACAAGGACUAGAAACAAUGCUGCAUUAGAGUACUCCGGAACGAGUGGUGCAUCGGGUGACUCUCCACAUCCAGGCCGUAUGAGUUUUUUCUCGAAACUGUCAUCCCGAUUCAGUAAACGGGCUUCAGCAACCGAAGAGUCGGCUAAACCACGUGUUUUGCGUUUUACAUGGUCCAUGAAAACCACUUCACCUCUAAUGCCCGACCAGAUAAUGCAGAAAAUACGAGAAGUGCUUGAUCAAAACAACUGCGACUAUGAACAGCGCGAAAGGUUCGUACUUUGGUGUGUGCAUGGUGAUCCGAAUACCGAUUCAUUGGUGCAAUGGGAAAUUGAAGUAUGUAAAUUGCCUCGAUUAUCACUCAAUGGCGUACGAUUCAAGCGAAUUUCAGGAACCAGUAUAGGAUUUAAAAAUAUUGCAUCACGCAUAGCAUUUGACUUACGACUGUGACUCCACCAAACAAAUACUGACGCGGCUGCCUUUGCUUCUGAUAGUACCACAACCGCCACUUCACGCUGUCAUCAACCGCUUACCACAUCGUCAUUCAAUCACACAACAAAUAUCAAAACAAUUAAUCUAUCCAUCGCCUCCUGCAUCAUAAAUGAAUCGAUUACAAAAAAUAAAAAACAUCCCGAAUGUGGCAAAAAUUGUUCCAGCAACAUUUUUCGUAAGAAGAAGUACAAUAACUUUGAUGGCAACAAAAGGUCUUUGCUAUUACCACCAACUCCACCAUCUACUGCGAAUUCGCAGUGCUGUUGUUCAGCAUUCGAUCCGAUAGAUAUAACGUUAAAUAAUACAAAGUUGAUGUUAUCUCCUUCGAAGGCAGCAACAACAACAACUAAACCAAUGGAAAAUGACUGCAAAUCAAUUAUGACAGAGAAUGUUAUUGAUUCAGCAAUGACAAAAUGUUAUACAGAUAUGUUGGAAAAUCCGAUAUCGAUUAAUUCUGUUAUAAACAGGAAUGCACAAGAAUUAUCGCAAUCACCAGCAUCUGCAUCAAUGAAGGAAAAGUCUAUUUCAAAAGGCAACAAUUUGAUGAAAAAAACAUUAGUAGUUGAAAAAUUAAAAAGUACUAAUAGCGUGAUAACACGAAAAAUAUUUUCAACGAGGAGAGUUGCGCAAAACAGUAAUCAUAGUGAUGAAAAAAAUAAGGAAACAUUAAAAAUAAAUGAUUCAUCAGACUUGGAUGUCGAGACCAUAGCAACAAAAACUGAUACCGCUACAACAUUGAAAAACAAUAUAGUUAAAGAGGGUAGUCAUAGCAUGAUCACCUCACUGCUGCGUACAACAACGCUGUAAAUUGUUUACUGAAAGUCAUAUGCUUCAAAAUUUCGUCUAAAAUACUUCUAAAAUCUCUAAAACAUAAACAAAGAUAUUGUAUUUAUAUUAAAAUAGCCCCAAUUAUAAUCUACCCUUGUUUUUAUAUACAUACGUAUGCCCUUUUCAUGUUCAAUAAUUGUUACGAUACUUACCCACAAUACACUGUAUGCCUGCGUGAUGCAUGCAUGAUAAAAGGACUAAAAGGUAAAAUCGUUCGCUCAAUUUAUUCGCCAUUUAGUUUGUUUUGCUGCUUUCCUGGCUUCACACACCGGUACGCGGUGCAAAUGCCAAUUAAAAGCAACAAAGCAAAUUUAAGUAAAAAAAAAAUAUAAAUGAUAAGUUAAAAUUUGUUAUUGUUUGAGAUUUAAGGAGUGUGUGCGUGUGAUUGAUAAUGGAAGCCAAUUUUUAUAAGAGCCACAAAUGUCAAAAAUGCUCAGGCUGACUCUAAGCGGUUUUACCUUAAAAUCUUUUCUAUCACGCAUUACAUGUAGCUUGUUGAUUUUAUGUUCAAAAAAGAGACACAAACACAAAAACAAAAACUGAACAAUAUUUUGUAAAUCUGCUCUCCGUUGUGUGUUCUAGAAGGUAUAUGUACUUGUACAUGAUAACGCAUGCAUUCGUCGACAACUUUGACGAGACAUGAUUUCAAGGGAAAUUUGGUGCAUAUAAUUCAAAUAUGUUUUUAAAAAAAUAAACUUGGGCAGAAUAAUUUCGAUACGACGCAUUGCAAACUGGAAAUUGAUUCAAGUGGAUUGGUUUUAUUCAAAAGCUCGUUAUUUCAUUUAUUACAAAAUAUAUCCCAUCGGUACCCUUUCACGCCAAAGUUAAAACGAAAUUUGAAGUAUUUGUUUCUCUUGCUUUUGCUUCUGAAUGUUUCUCAUUUUUUUCAAUAGUUUUCAAAAACUUUUAUAAUAGGUACAUAAUUUGUAAUUGCUAAAAAGUUCAUUUUAGAUAAAGAAAAAUGUGGUGAUCAUUUCUUUAUGCAUGUUGCCUAUAGCUUUUUAAAACAAAAUAAAAUAUUUUUAACAGAGCAUCAUUUUAUUCAAAAAUACUUUCGAAAACAAGCGCUCCUAUUCAUAGUCAGACUCGAGUCGACGCUCAAACCAGUAUCUACUAUUUGUCACAUAUCUGUAGCUAAGGUAUCUGUCAAAAAGUUGUCAUCACAUUGAAAUCGACUCCAUUUUGACUUGUGGGCCUGCAACAUCUUUUACAAAAUUUUAAUCUAGAAUUAUUAACAACCUGCGAGCGAUCGGAUAAAUUGCAAAUAUUUAUUUUAUAAUAUUGCAACAAUUUAUAUUAACUAUAAUUUUUAUUUUAUUUUUACUGUAAUUAUUAUUUUUUUUUUUUUUUGUAUUUAAUACACUUUUAUCCAUAUAAUAGAUUUGUACUACAACUUGUAAAAUUUAAUUUAAAAAAGAAAUACAUAAGCGAAAGUGCCAACAUAUAGUAGCUUAUUGACUAAGGCUCUGAGUCUGUUUGUCUAGAUUUCA